UGCUUGCCAGAAGCAGGUGCGCGGAAUCUCUUAAAAGAGGCACACCGCGCGCACGCGCGCGUCGGAGCUUCGGAAUGCCUUCGCCUCUGCUCUGGGUUCUGCUGGCCGGACUGAGCGUCGUUUGUGGUGAGAAACGCUUUGCCGUGGGGCUGCGGCUGCGGCUGCACUUGCGGCUGCACUUGCACUGCCCUGCACACUUCCUUCCUGUGUUUGACGGUAGACGCGGGAAACGCAACGCAACAACAAAGUGGAGGCGAGCAGCAAUCGGGGAAUUUCGCGGGACGCUACGAGCUGGCAGGGGCGCGCCCGUUCGUGGCGCAACGGCAACCGGCGGACGCAGAGACGCGGAUCAUCGGCGGCCAGGAGACAUGGGCGCACUCGUGGCCGUGGCAGGUGUCGCUGCUCUUCGCCACCAUGCCGGCGUGCGGCGGCGCCAUCCUGGCGCCACGCUGGGUGGUCUCGGCGGCGCACUGCUUCAGAAGGUACAGCAAAGCCUCUUUCUGGACCGUCCUGGCGGGAAAACACGACCUGGACGACCCUGACGAGCAAGGGGAGCAGGCGGUGGGCGUGUCGGCCAUCGUCAGCCAUCACCGCUUUCACUCCGGCACCAAGGAAUUUGACGUGGCUCUGCUGAGGCUGGAGCGCCCGCUCUCCUUCGACCGCUUUGUGCGACCCAUUCACCUAUGGAUGGCGCCGUUGCCCACGCUGCACAAUUGCACCGUCACCGGCUGGGGCUCCACACGCGAGAAUGGGCCGCGCGUGAACAGACUCCAGGAGGUCAACGUGACGGUGAUGACCUCUGACCUCUGCCGGAGUUACUACAAGAGCAGCAUACGGACAUGCAUGUUCUGCGCAGGACAGGAAGGGGGCGGCGUCGACGCCUGCCAGGGCGACUCCGGCGGUCCCCUAUCCUGUUACGACGGCAGCCGCUACCGACUGGCCGGUGUAGUGAGCUGGGGCGUGGGCUGCGGUCGGGCCAGGAAGCCAGGCGUGUACACUGCGGUGCGAGAACACGCACGCUGGAUCGCAGACGUCAUCGACAACCAGGACGUGGCCUAUGCCGUCAAGCCAGCCGAAGAGAACCGGUGCGGGAAGCAGCAGAGGGCCGCCUGCCCGGGGCCUCCGGGCCCGGCCGGCCUUUGGCUGACCGAGGAUGGCGGGACGUGGACGAAAAACGUCACAGAGGCGUGUCCGGGGGCGUGGCCCUGGCAGGUCAGCUUGCAGGCUAGCGGCACCCACUACUGCAGCGCGGUUCUGAUCAGCCGCCGCUGGUUGCUGACCGCGCGACACUGCAGAGUCAGCCCGGAAGAGGAUGUGGCUGUCUUGGGAGGUCACCAUCUGGGCUUGUCUCUGUCCCAAACCGUCCCUGUGGACAAGGUCUUCAACCUGCCUCAGGAGGACGGCUUCCCUCCGAGACACGACCUCUCGCUGCUCCGCCUAGCCGUUCCUGCCAGACUGGCAGGAGUCAGCGUGAUGCCGAUUUGCGUGCCGGAAGAGGAUGAGGAACUGGACGACAGCUGGACGUGCGUGAGCGCCGGAUGGGGGGCCACGUCGGCCACGGCCGCCCUCGACCCGCAGCGUCUGCACCACGCCCGCGUCGCCCUGGUGGAGCGCGCCCAGUGCCGAGCCCAGUGGGGCCGGGACCUGGUGGACGACGCGCACGUGUGCGCCCACGCUGUGGCCGGCGCCGCCUGCACGGGUGACUCGGGGGCGCCGCUCUUCUGUCAGAAGCACGGCACCUACUUCUUGUUCGGACUGCUCACGUGGGGCAGUAGUCGGUGUGACCCCGGCAAGCCGGCCGUCUUUUCCAAAGUGGCCGAUUACCACUCGUGGAUCAGCGAGGCGGCCGGCGAGUGACGGAAGCGCCGAGCCAUUCCAAGCAUUAAA